AUGGAUACGGAAUAUGCCUACACGAAAAAAAGAAUGCAUUUUGGAAAGAGAUGCAACUUCUCCGAUUUUGACAAAACGGAGAUAGAAAUCAAGUCGAAUCCAACGUUGAUGAGUAAUUAUGUUAGAAUGGAUCCUGUGACACACGCUACACAGUGCAGUAAAGUCUAUGCAGUUCACGAAGUAAAUACAACUACUGCAACAUAUAAAGACAACAAAAUGUUUCAUUAUGAAGGUGGGUGGCCGAAAGACAUAAAUAUGAAAGACUUAGAACAGACAGUUAGAUAUAGACGCAAGAUCGAGAAAGACGAAUUGUACAUUCAUACGAUGCUUCAACUGCUACCUUCAAUGGAGCACUGCAUUUUGCAAAAUAAUGCUUGCAACAUUUACGAAGAAUAUUUUGCCGAUGUAGAGGUGACCCCAUUGAUACAGAGAGCUUUCUCACGUACGGUGAAUGUUUAUCGCGAUCCUUUAACACUAAAACGGCAGAUUACUCAUCUGUCGUGGUCGCCAGAUCAGGGUAAUCGUUUUGCGGCUAGUUACUGCAAUGUCGAUUUCAAAAAAACCUCCAGCAACAAUUACACCUCGUAUAUCUGGGAAGUAGAAAAUCCGAAUAAUCCCUAUAUGGCGUUAAAACCCUUUUGCCCGAUCUUAACAUUGGAGUACAACCCUAAAGAUAGCAAUACCUUGAUAAGUGGUUUGAUGACUGGGCAGGUGGCAUGUUGGGACAUCAGGAGGGGCUCAGAAGCGGUAGACAUUAGCUUAGUCGAAUUUAGUCACAGAGAUCCCUGCGAUAAGACUCUGUGGAUCAAUUCCAAGACUGGUACUGAGUUCUUCAGCGCUUCGAAAGAUGGACAGAUAAAAUGGUGGGACACUAGGAAGAUGCAGGUGCCGACGGAGACUUUGAUAAUAGAUUUGCAGAAACCAGAGAAUCAGAAUGUGGAUAAGGCUACUGGCAUCUCGGCUCUUCAAUUCGAACCUUCGAUAGGAACGCGUUUCAUGUGUGGCUUGGAAAAUGGUAUCGUAAUAUCGGGAAACCGCAAAGGUAAGACUCCCGCUGAAAAGAUUGCAACGAGAUUUAAAGCCCAGUAUGGCCCGGUUAUAAGUCUGGAGAGAAAUCCAACCUUUGUAAAAAACUUCUUGACAGUCGGCGAUUGGACCUCGAGAAUUUGGUCAGAAGAUUGCAGAGAAUCUUGUAUCGCUUGGACACCAGGUCACCGAGAUUUUUUAACGGGUGGGGCAUGGAGCGCUACGCGUUACUCCGUAUACUAUUUAAUUAAAAUUGAUGGGACUUUAGAUGUUUGGGACUUUAUAAUUCAGCAGGACAGUCCGGUUCUCAGCAUAAAGGUAUGCGAUGAAAGUUUGACUUAUUUACGACCUCACGAACAAGGUCAACUGGCUGCGGUUGCUAAUAAAAAGGGUUCUACUUAUUUGCUAGAAUUUUCGGAAGCUUUAACAGUCAAUCAAAAAAAUGAUAAAUUGCUGUUAACCGCGCUUCUCGAUCGUGAGACGCGCCGCGAGAAAGUGAUAGAAGCAAAAAAUAGAGAACAACGAUUAAAAAUGAAGACCUUGAAGAUGCACGGUGAAUCGGAUUUCACCGAUGUUUCCUCGAAACCGGAUGAACGGGAAGAUUCUAAAGAAUCUUCCGAUGGUUUAAUGAACGCGCUGAUAAUGCAAUGCGAACAGGAAUACGAAAAUAUAAUUAACGCGGAAUUAACGCGACAAGUAGAAAUAAAUACUGUUGAACUAAAUAACAACGUGAUGCAAAAUAAUGUAAUUAUGAAUUAAAAUGAUUAUAUAUAAGUUAAUUGAUAUAAUUUAAUUAUGAAAAAUUAAUAUAAGAGAAAUAAUUUGGUUUGUCUUAGUUAGACUAUCAAAGUAUACAUUGUAGGAAAUAAAUAAUUUAAAAAGAUGUAAUUUUUAUUUCAUUAAGAUUCUCGUUUUCU